AUGAAGAGGGGACCCAGCUGCCUCAAUGAAGAGAUAUGCAGGAUCCUCGGGUCCUUGCUUCUGUUGGUGGCAGUGGGCCUGACGGCGAGCUCCUGGCUGAUGUUGGCGUUUCUUCAAACGGAGUGCAAUCACCCGGAGUGCUUCCAGCCGGUUUCAGAGGAGCCCCCCCUGACCAUCUUUGUGUCCAUCGCCAGCUACAGAGACCCUGAGUGCAAAACCACCAUGCAGGAGAUGUUCGCCAAGGCGGCCAACCCGCACCGUGUGUUUGCCGGCUCGGUGCAGCAGAUCUACGAGUUCCACGAAGCCUGCUGGCACACAGGGCUGCCGUGGGGGGACCACGUACGGAGCAUUACGGUCCCGUUUGCGGACGCGAAGGGGCCGACGAAUGCGCGGCACAUGGCGGCCAGCCUGUACCGGGGGGAGGACUACUUCAUGCAGAUCGACUCCCACACCACCUUCAUCCAGGACUGGGACAAUGCAAUUAUAGCGAUGCUGGAUCGAUGCCCCUCGGACAAGUGCUUCAUAUCGCACUACCCACCCGCGCACAACGACACUGACUCCGUCCAGGUGCCGAUUCUGUGCAAGAGCCACUUCGAUGAGGGCGCAAAGAUGCCCAGCUUCGAGGCCAUGUCAUUUGACUUCAAGCUCGGGGAGUUUGCGGAUUCGCCAUUCGUGGGCGCGGGCUUCCAGCUGAGCAGCGCGGACGUUCUGCUGGACGUUCCCUUCGACCCCAAGCUGGACAUGAUGUUUGUGGGCGAGGAAAUAUUGUACUCUGCCCGCCUCUGGACCAAAGGCUGGGACCUCUUUGCACCUGACCUCAACAUCGUCAAACACCACUACAACAGGGUGGAGACGCCAAACAUCUACCGGGACAGGACGGAGGAGUGGUACUACCCUCAGCAGGAGAGCAACAAGCGCGCGCGGUAUAUGCUGGGCAUGAACGAGACUGCGCCCGAGGGGGAAACUGAGUCUUCCCUCAAAUAUUAUGGCAUGGGAGAUGUCAGGAGCUUGGAUGCGUACUGGGAGUACGCGCAGAUCGAUGUGAAGGAGCGGGUGGCGAACAGCGCGGAGAAGUUCUGCAAGAAACAUGUGAAGAAGCGCGAGCCGGACCCAGAAGAGAGGCCCAAGCAGGCAGCGAAGCAGCCGCCUCAAAAGAAGGAAAGCCGAUCGCUGCGAUCGAUGCUGAGCGCUCACAUCUUUAGGCAUAGGAGGAGAUAG